AUGGACGAGCCGGUACCAACACAAGUUGGAGGAGAAACCAUGGACGUGGACACUGUCAGCCGCAUCUUGAAGGAUUAUGGUAUCGAUAUUGGUCGAUCUGAGCUGAAAGCUGCCUUCAACUACCAGGAUGGUGACACCUCCUUCUCCGAAUGGGCAGCCGUUCACCUCGGUCAUGAAACUCUCCUCACACCAGACGAACUCGCUCUAUAUUCGGCCUUGACAAAGUCUGGGUUUGUCGACCGCUUUAACGCCGCCUCCAAGGACUCGAGCACGGUUGGCCUGCCGUAUCGAGACGAGUCGGAGGUUCGCCAGGCAAUCGAUGAAUUGAAUCGCUCGACGGCUGCGAUAUCGAAGCAAACCGAAACGCUACGACAGCAGCAGGAGGCCUUGGCGAGAUUUGCCAAAUCGAGGAUCAAGGACGAGGUUGCGAGGUCUGACUUUGAUGCUGUGCGUAUGCACAAGCUUGCCUUGGAGAUUCGAAAUGCCAAGGUCCACGUUGAGGAACUAUCGAGGUCCCUUGAAAUCAAGAUCUCCGAGCUCGAGGAGCAGGAUCAUACGAAGAAUCAAGAUUUCGAGCAGAAUAUCUCCGCCUUGCUGGAGUCAGACGACAAGCUACUCCGGAGUCUGGAGAAGCUGAGCAAUGAGUUCACCCUGACGGACGAUCGCAAUGACGACGCCGUUGAUAAACUCCAGGAAACGUGCAUGAAACUAAUAAAGUGCACGGUCGAAAUGAUGCGCUGUAAGCUAGAUCGGACGUAUCUCGAGGCACUGUCAAAUGCUUCUGGCAGUCAAGAUGACGCCGGCUCCGCAUCAAGGGAAGACGUCAAAGCUCUCCAAGAGGAACUCGAUUCCCUCUACUCGGAGAUCCUCCCUGUUGUCCAAAUGUCUGUCGAAAAUCAGUACAUGCGUCCCGCAAUGCGAAAUAUUACAGCCAAGACUACCCAGGCUCUCGACCAUGCGUCGAUCGCUGUAGACUACAUCCAAGGUUGCCUCGAUUACCUGCUAGACCACACAAACGCCCUCUUAUCCCGCGUCGAGACCUACCGAUCCCACCAGGCAGCCACUGCAAUAGUCAUAAGCACAGCAAAAGCAGAACUAAGCAACCCCGUCCCCAAACCCCGCAAGCGCAACGAAGAAAACCGCUCCCCCACCCGCCGCCGCCGUCGCAAAUCCUCCAACCACGGCUCCCCAGUACGCACGCGCUCGCGCUCCAACACAGGCGGUCUAGUCCUCCGCCGCCGGCGCUCCUCCACCACCAUCACGGACGAGCAGCCCAUCGAGACCCUCAUGCACAUGCUCUCCGUCUCGCUACCCGACCAUGCUGGUGCCCGAGAGCAGGUAGCCGCGCUGUCGAACGUGCUCGCUGAGAGGAGCGCCAAGGCGGAUGACGUUGCGGCGAGCGCGCAGCAGGGGUUCGAGGAGGGUGCGGCGAUGCAUCUUGCGGAUGCGAAGAGGGCUGUUACGCUGCUGAGGGAUUGUGUACUUGCUGAUAGUCCGUUCGGGAAGGUGAGGCUUGUGGAUGAGGAGAUUGAGGCGUCGAUUGGGGUGUUGGAGGAGGAGAUUGAGAAGUUGAGGAGGCAGGUGGAUGGGGUGGAUCCUAAGAAUGUGAAGGUGAGGAGUGAGAAGAGGGAGGAGCUGUUGAGGCGAUGGGGCUCUAGCCGACGAUAA